AUGGAUUCUGAUUCUGUGGAUCAAUCUAUCAGUUCAUUUGAAGGUAGUCAUCAACUAGAAGCUGAUGAGGUCCCCAAAAAUGACCAGUAUUCUGAUGCUUCAACCGCCUCAGAGUUUGUUCACUUUAUUCAUUCUAUUCAACAUCACUUACUCCAUAUAACGUUAUUAUUUAGAUUUGACUAUUCUUGCCUUCCUGAUUUCGAGACGAUCGAAUCAAUGUUUAAGGUAGAAUACGACGGUUUAACUCUCUAUGGCGAGGGCCUUCCUCCUCUGGAUGAUAUCAAACUAUCUUAUCGUGACGCGUGGAGGAUCUGUAAACAAGGUUGGUGCCACUGUAUUUGUCGCAGAUUUUCCGAGCCUAAGUCGUUUAAUGUCACUUACUUUGCCACCUGUGACGGCACUGACCCAGUCAAGUUUCUCGUUCUAACUCCCUCAAAGAACAGUUCAAAUCGCAUCGUUAUAAGUUUUUGGGAGAUUCUUGGUGCCUACUGGGUCUGGAACAAGUGCAGGCUUUUCUACAUUCCUUCCAACCAGCCUAAAUCAAACUUCAUUGUCAUUGAGGGACUUUCUACCUCCUUUUGUGAAGCCAUGCUCAAAUGCUUAUAUGAGUGUCAACUUAUGAUUAAUACUACAAAGACCAAACUUGACGAACUGUAA